CGACCGUAAACAUUCACGAGGGUUAUCAAGUAGCAAAUUCCAAGCUUGAAUUAAUUCGUCUUCAAGCAACAAACAAGAGAAUCGCUUAUCCGAAGCAGUAUCAAAGGCCUCUGCCAACUAACUUGCUCAAGCCUGUAAAGGCAAGUUCCCAUCUGCAUUUGCUUUCAUUUUUCAGUCAGAUCAAUUUGAUUUUCAGGCGUCUCAUCAGUAGAUAAAAGCUAGAGUAAGGAGUACAUAUUUAACUCUAUGGUAACUGCAGCAGUAGGCAUCAAACGCUCCGAGUCUCGCCAAAGUGCCUCAAGUGUGUGCAUAAACGGACCCUGCAUUCUCCAACACUCACUUUCAAGAUAAAUGCUUUCAAUUACAUUCCAAAAACAAAAACAAAAGUGCUCUUUCCCUGAGCUCAUCUGCUUCACCAGAGAGCCUGCAUCUUUCCUCACAAAGUUCUCCAAACUUAAUUAACCAGCCAAAUGUAGCCACUGCUCCAUUUAAGUACAAGUCAGGUCAACCUGUUCCUGAUAUAGAGAAAGCAAACAAAAGAAUAGGAGUUUCAGUGCAGCGGAGAAACCAAAUGGCCAAAUUUAGAUGCUUGCAAGAGAUAUUAAAGAACUAUGAAACCCUUUCACAUGAAACAAGAACUUGGUUUCUGCAUUCUUGCCCACGAAAAGAAAGGGAGAGGGGCAGUUUUGCAGAAAAACUGAGGAUGAGCACAACCACAAGGGCUGCCACGUCCUCACUACUCAAGCAUGCAAAGACUGGGUAUGCAAAAUACGAAACAACCUGAACAUGGGAACUAAGGCUCCAUAGAUUCAGAGCAUUAACAGUCUAAAGCAAAAUGUUCAUGUUUGCCUGCUUGCUCAUGCAAAUUAAGCUGCAUCAGCUUUGAAAACCGAGCAGACAAUUGCUCAGUCCAAGGUAAUUGAAAAAUUAUACUGUAGUGAUCAUACUUGAUCAUCAGAUAAGGAAAAUUCCAAGCUAAUACUUGAUCAUCUAGUAAGGGAAAUUCCAGAGCCGAAUACUGCAGAUGCAGGAACCAUAAUUUUAAAAGAACAGUAAGCCAUAAACGGAACCACUCCGAACGUAGGGGAAACACGCAUCAUCAAGGUAACAAUAAAACUCAAAAACAUCUGUCAUCUUUAAAUAUUUAUUAAACUUGAUGCAUUUGUUAGUACAAACUUCAAAGAUAGAUUCGUGCAUCUCCUUAUCUAUGUGUAUCGAAUUAACAAACACUGAACGAAGCACAUAUCUUCCAUAAGUUGCUAGUAAGGCUAACAAUUAUGGUCCUGUUACAUGUCAUCAUCUACCAGUUCCCAUGGUUGCAAGCAUGUAAUACAGAAGUAACAAUGACUUCAUUCAGUUUCACCCAGGUGAUUCAUAGAUAUCAUUCAUAGUUUAACUUUCUACAAUAAACAGACUUGUCCUAAUGGAAAACAAACAAUCUAACUGGCAACUCUCCUUGAAAGCCAGACAGUUUUACCACUACAGCCUUAACUACUUCAUCCAUUCCAGAACAGUAGAUAGCACUCUUACUAGGGCUAGUCCUGAGAUUCUGUAGAAGUGCUAUAGGAUAGAAGCUACUACCUGCAACCCUUCUUCUGUCCCCUUAAUGAAUAUUAGAAGGUCAUCAAUAAAGCUAAGGUGAGUUAAUCCUCUACCUUAGCAGUCUGCGGAUGAUAAGGCAUAAUCUUCCUCGAAGCAGUCCUGUUAAGUUAUUUACGAUAUUAACUUCCGUUUUUUGUUUCGAACUUCUAGGGAUAUGCUGAGCAAUAUCGGUAGCUUCAGCGGUGGAGGCCGUGAUGAAUCUUCAUCGUGCGGAGGAUGAUGACACGCAAUGGAUGGGCUCUUCACAAGAGUUAAUGGAUUGGGUACAGUCUGAUAAGGUUAAAAACAGUGGUUUGCGUAGAAUGUACAAUGUAUGGAAUCAUGUGUUCAAGAAAAAAGACUCCAAGAAGGAAAACUAUAAGUAUGUUGGUGAACCUGCGUUGGAGAAAGAACGUUUUGCACUAGGAGUGAUAAUACCAGAAAGAGUGGUAAGUUAAUAACUGAUACUGGAUGUAUUUUUUUGUUGCACUUCUCUUAUUUGCUGUCUUUUUUGUUGUUGCAAACGAUACAAGUGUUGAGGAUAUCAGGUUUUGAAGUGAUAGAGCCUGUAGAUGAUGAAAAGCUUCUACUUAGACAACUUGCUACAAUGCCAGUUGUGGCUUCUCUGGAGGCAACUCCAUCAUUCCUUGAUUGGAAAGGGGUAAACGGUUUGUUUGAAUAUGAUAAUAGGUUCUUUGAGGUUUUUGUUGAACAAAUUUAAUUAUGUAAGCCUGAUUUUGUUUGAAUAGCAAACCAUUUUCACUGGGGACACUGAGACAGCAGAGGAUCGGAAGGCAAGGCGUGACAAGGUUGAGUUGCACUUCAUCCUCGUCGUAGGCUAUGGAAAGACUGCUAAUAGGCUGAACUAUUUCCUCAUUAGGAAUUCAUAUGGGAAAGACUGGGGGUUUAAAAUUCGUGGAGCUGACAGAAGUUGGGAGGCUAAAGGUCUCGGGAGGGUAUUGAGAGCAUCCUCGCGGUCAAGUAGACAAUCAUUGUUCACUUCAUUUUCUUAUCCAAAACCAUGGGUGCCUCCCUAAGGUACUCUUCCGACGUAUUUAACUUUCUUGAUGAAUACUUUACUUAAUAACACACAUCAAGAAGGGGAAACAGAUGUCUUGAGCAUAGAAAGUAAACUUGUUCAUCUUGGUCGAUACUGAAGGUUGCUUUUUCAUAUAAGCAAGUAGUGAUGCUAACACACUGAUUAAUAUAGACUUUUGAAGUUGUUGUUUUCUUUUAGCGUAUUGCGUAGUACAAGUCUGUUUUUUGUAGAAAGUUAAACUAUUAAUGACAUCUAUGAAUCACCUGGGUGAAACUGAAUGAAGUCUAUAUUAAACAGUGUGUUAGCAUCACUGUUUGCUUAUAUGAAAAAGCAACCUUCAGUAUCGACAAAGAUGAACAAACUUUACUUUCAAUGCUCAAGGCAUCUGUUUUCCCUUCUUGAUGUGUGUUAUUAAGUAAAGUAUUCAUCAAGAAAAGUAAAUACGUCGGAAGAGUACCUUAUGGAGGCACCCAUGGUUUUGGAUAAGAAAAUGAAGUGAACAAUGAUUGUCUACUUGACCGCGAGGAUGCUCUCAAUACCUUCCCGAGACCUUUAGCUGUCCACCUUCUGUCAGCUCCACGAAUUUUAAACACCCAGUCUUUCCCAUAUGAAUUCCUAAUGAGGAAAUAGUUCAGCCUUCUUGUCACGCCUACGACGAGGAUGGAGUGCAACUCAACCUUCUUGUCACGCCUUGUUUUCUGAUCCUCUGUUGUCUCAGUGUCCCUAGUGAAAAUGGUUUGCUAUUCAAACAAAAUCAGGCUUACAUAAUUAAAUUUGUUCAACAAAAACCUCAAAGAACUUAUUAUCAUAUUCAAACAAACCGUUUACCCCUUUCCAAUCAAGGAAUGAUGGAGUUGCCUCCAGAGAAGCCACAACUGGCAUUGUAGCAAGUUGUCUAAGUAGAAGCCUUUCAUCAUCUACAGGCUCUAUCACUUCAAAACCUGAUAUCCUCAACACCUACAUCAUUUGCAACAACAAAAAAGACAGAAAAUAAGAGAAGUGCAACCAAAAAAUAUCUCGAGUAUCAGUUAUUAACUUACCACUCUUUCUGGUAUUGUCACUCCUAGUGCAAAACGUUCCUUCUCCAACGCAGGUUCACCAACAUACUUAUAGUUUUCCUCCUUGGAGACUUUUUUCUUGAACACAUGAUUCCAUACAUUGUACAUUCUACGCAAACCACUGUUUUUAAUAUUAUCAAGAUCAGACUGUACCCAAUCCAUUAACUCUUGUGAAGAGGUCAUCCAUUGCGUGUCAUCAUCCUCUGCACGAUGAAGAUUCAUCACGGCCUCCACCGCUGAAGCUACCGAUAUUGCCCAGCAUAUCCCUAGAAGUUCGAAACAAAAAACGGAAGUUACU